AUGAGACGUCGCGCCAAGACUCCCAUCUACGCUAUCGGCCAGCUCGAGAGCCCCAAAUUCGGUAGGGAUUCGACGGUUGCCGACAAGGUGUCAAGCGUCGAUCUCAUUGCCGACCAGUACACGGCGCUCCUCGAAACACAGGACAACAGCUCAGUAAAUACAGACGCCCGAUCCGACCCUCUCCCCUCGCGGCAAUCCUCACACAGGCGGUCUUCUCUUUCACAGUAUCACUACAGUGUUGGAGAGACACCUGCAAAGUUGCGGCCAGAUGUCUACAGGCCGGCACCGAUACGCAACGUCCCGGUAUAUUCCCCGAAAUCCGGCGACGGCACUUUGGUUGCCUUUGACGAAGAGGCGAUAUACUUCAAGCCAAUGUCCUUUUCGCCAGAGUUCCCAUCCACGCAGUCACCGCCGUCGCCACCACCGCCGCCGCCGCCGCCGCGAAAUCGGGCCCGACUGCAGCCCAACUCUUCAUCCCAAGCAUCAUCGUCGAACCACAACCUAAGCUUGCAGAUUGCCACGGACCUGCUGACCCGCGAGCUAUCAGCAACCAUGUUGGACAUGUCGAAGCAGACGGAGACGGAUAUGUCAUCUCUCCAAGUCUGGGUCAUGAUCGAAGCAUAUGAGAGACUGAGGGACCGGGUCAUGGAGACGACGGAACAGCAGAGCGAAGACGCCAAGAAUAUGGAGGCCAUGUUUGAUACUUGGCUAAGAGCACUGUACAACAUGCACGAUAAGAUGACCAGUGACGCGGCAUCCUGCGGGAGCCAUUACGAUGAAGCUGGGCUGGGGAUGGAGGAUUUCGACUGA